GCAUCCCUCCUAUUUAAGGUCCGUUGGGUCCUGUGUUUCUCUCCCGGACUCGAGCUUCUUCACCUUAUAAGGAUCAAACCCGGCUGACUGGAAUGUCAGAGUUUGACGUCCCAGACGCUGGGAUGAUGAUGAUGAUGAUGAUGAUGAUGGGUCGUUCAGGACUGAGCGAGGAGGAUCUAGUUUAGUUCCGGAGUUGAGUCUGCGUGGUUCUCGUUCAUGCCUGUCGUUACUCUGCAGGUCACCGGGUGGGAUGUCGUGAAUCUGUCGGGUGACUCUGGUGCCGAUGGGAGCUGCUGCAGCAUCAUGAGCUGCCAUGAUGCCGGAGGGCGCCGGCGUUCCGAGGACUCUGAGUUCACGUUGCGCGUGUAUCCCGGCGCUCUGUCUGAGGGCACCAUCUACUGCCCCGUCUCGGCGCGGAAGGUGACGUCGGCGGCGGAGGUCAUCGAGCGCGUCAUCGAGCGGCUGCAGCUGGACCGCGCACGCCUCUACGUGCUUGCCGAGGUCAAGGAGUUCGGCGGCGAGGAAUGGAUCUUGAACCCCUGCGACUGUCCCGUGCAGCGCAUGAUGCUGUGGCCGCGCAUGGCGCUGGAGAACCGUCUGGCCGGAGAGGAUUACCGCUUUCUGCUGCGCGAGAAGGAUCUGGACGGAUCCAUCCGCUACGGAAACCUGCAGAUGUGGCUUCGUGUAACUGAGGAGCGGCGACGGAUGGUGGAGCGCGGACUCCUCCCGCAGCCUCCGUACGUCGACGAUCUCUGCGCGCUGCCCGAUCUAAACGAGCGGACUUUGCUGGAGAACUUGCGCGGACGCUUUCGGCAGGAGAAAAUUUACACGUACGUCGGCGGGAUCCUGAUCGUCGUCAACCCCUUCAAGUUCCUGCCCAUCUAUAACCCCAAAUACGUUAAGCCACCCUGGACCGUAAGUGCGUUCUGA